UCGCGCGCAACCCAUGCCCGAACCGCGUCCACGUCGCCCAAGAACAUCAUAGAGUCAUGUCAGAUGACGCUCAAGAAGUAGAACUUAUGUUUGCGCCUCCAUCCCACGACCAGUCGGACGUGGAGAUGAUCCCACUGGCCGCCUCCCGCUCACAGUCAGAAGAGACUUCUGCGGAGCUCUCACGACUCACGUCACUAUCUCUAGCCGAAAGGAAAGCGAGAGCUUAUGUCGAAGUUCUGACUCUGUCCCCUGAAGAGAAGGCCAAGUAUUCAGGCCUCGCAGAGCUCCCCGUAGCCCCCGACGAGUUCCCUGAAGAGGAUAUGGAAUGCAUCAUCGGAGAGUACGAAGCUCCCAAUGGCCUGCAAUACUUUGUACGAAUGUUUGGUGGCGCUGCCCACAAAUUCUCCGCGCGUCGUUUCGCCAAAGAGCAUCCUAAACUAGUGGAAGAAUAUGAAUGCGUGUCUUCAGAGCGGAACAAGGAGGAAGGGACACAGGAGCCGUUCGACCCGUCGGCGAGUUACGUUCAUCCGGAUUCGCGGGUCAAGUUGACCUUGAAAGUCGUACCAAAAACCAAGCGCUUUAGCAUUCAUGCCUCUGAGUCGGAAGAUGAACUUGCUGCUAGUAUUGUCCAUUCAACAUCUCCAGAGACCGAAGACGACGCGUUCAUCGACGAUGAAGAAGACGACAUCUCUGUGCGACGGUCUACCCGUACGGUGACCGUCGCCAAGUCAAGCAACAAGAAGCAGGCCACUCUACCGUUUAGCCCCAAGAAGACCAGGUCGCGGAAAAUUAUCUCGCUUGUUGAUGAAGAUGAUGAAGAUGAUGAUGAGUCCCCAAAUCCCUGGCCGACAAACAAAGGUCUUCGUCGGUCUACGCGCUCCGCGAAGCGAGCCCGCGAGAAUUUGGACGAUCAAGAUUUCAUCGAUGACUCUGAAUACGCCCCUCGGACCAAAUCUCAUCAAUCCAAGAAGAAGGCACUUCCAAAGAAGCCGAAUCGGGGCCUUGGUAUCUUGCAUAACAGCCCUCACGCAUUCGCCGAAGAGCCUGGGACCACAGCUCAUCGCAGGAAAUGCGAGAAGUGCCGCCGGGAGCCCACUCACAAGCUGCUCACCAAACCAAAAGGCAGAAAGCGCAGGGGUAGGAAGGCCGAGGACGACUUCGAGGACGACGAGGACGACGAGGACGACGAGGACCGCAUCACAUCCCUCGGCGGUUGGGUUAGAUGUUUGAGAUGUCCUGUCGUCGCACACUGGGGCUGUCUUGCGAAGACCCAGCGAGACGAGAUCUUGAAAGCUAUCUACGAGAAGGACAAGUCCGAGUGGGAGCGAGACGCGACUGCUUUCCCGGAGCCUGUCAAACGUAUCAGGCUGGAACCUCAUGAAACAACCGAGUUCAUUUGCGGCUCCUGUAUGAAGGGCGGUAUCUGUAUGGCUUGCAAGGAACCCGCGCUGGAGGUCGGUGGGAUCCGUGUUUCCAUCGGCGGUGCCCAAGCUGCCCGGGUCACUCCAACCCCAGCUGUUGACGGUGACGUAGUCAUGAUAGACCUGACUACCGACGAAGAUGCCGUUCCACCUGCGGAAGGGAGUAACGCAAAGCCUCCUCCUGAUACGACCGACCAACUUCUCUUCCGGUGUUUGACUUGCAAAAGACUGGCGCACUAUGAUCAUCUACCGCUGUCCCGCUACGCGGAUCCCAACGAGAUUUACACGGUGGUCGAGAUCGCGGAAUACUACCAGUCUAACACUGAUUGGCAAUGCGCGGAUUGCGUGUCGUUCACAUAUACCGUCGAACACGUCCUUGCGUGGCGCCCCUUCCCCGAGAAUGCGAAGGAAUUACUGCUUUCCCUAGGCGAGCUCCCGAACUACAAGUCAGCGCUACCACGCGAGUACCUCGUCAAGUGGGUCGACCGUAGCUUUAAGCGGGUACAGUGGGUACCGCACAUGUGGCUCCUCGCGACAUAUCCCGCCAAGCUCAAGAAUUUCCUCGCAAAGGGACCUAGCAUUCCUCUUCUACCUGAACCUGUUGCGGAUGAUGUUGUGGCGUCCAUGGACCUAGACCAAGGCCCUGCUUUUGCGCAUGACGAAGAGGAAAUUGUCGAUGACUCUGAGGGUCGCGCGAAGAAGGAUGAAGACGAUCUCCCCCACGUUCUGGAGCCCGUUCCGGACGCCGAGAGGAAAAUCCCGCCUGGUUGGAAGACAGUUGAUCGUGUUUUAGACGUCUUGCUGUGGCUAAGGAAAUCGCGCGUUAAGAGACCUCCUAGGGGCAGGAAGCCUGCACAACGUGCAGUGGUUGGCGACGACGAGGACAGUGACAGACAAGACAAUGGCUCCGACGAGAACUUCGACGAAGAAACCGUGCAAGAGCGCAACCUCGCUUAUGACGAAGGAGAGCAGCCCAGCGCUCGGGCGGUCGAGACCAUCGAGAGCUUUGAGCGACGGGAAAAGAGGCGGAUGACUGUAGGUGACGUUAGCCUCAUAGCGUGGGGCUUCUUCAAGUGGACUAGUCUCGGUUACGAGGAUUCGACCUGGGAGUCGCCGCCACGUAAAGGAGAGGCAGGAUGGCCGGCAUUCGAGACAUCAUUCGAACGCUUCCUCUCUGCCAGGGAAGUCAUCGUUCCGGUGUUAUCCAAAGACGACCAGAAGACAUUUGACGGUCGUCCGAAGGAUAAAUUUAUGCGGAACUAUACCUUCACUCCUGAAUUCCAACCAGAGCUAGGGCAGGGUUCUGGGCUCAAGCUGAUGCCAUUUCAAGUUGAGGGCGUAAAUUGGUUGUGUAACAACUGGUGGAACCUCCAGCACUGCAUUCUUGCCGAUGAGAUGGGCUUGGGAAAAACUGUGCAAAUAGCGACAUUCCUCGGGCAAAUCAUCAAAGGUUUUGACAAACUUCCUUUCUCAGCAUAUCCCGCCCUUGUUGUUGUCCCUAACUCUACUAUCACUAACUGGAUUCGCGAGCUCGAACGGUGGGCCCCGAACUUACGUGUUGUCCCCUUCUACGGCGAUUCCAAGGCUCGCGAAAUUAUCCGCCAGUAUGAACUUUACCACCCCGCCGCUCAGGCGAAGACGACCGGCGCGAAAUUCCAUGUUCUCGUUACCACUUAUGAGACAUUCACUAACGCGAGGGAUAUCGGCACGCUCUUCAAGGCUAUGCCUCGUUGGGAGGUAUUGGUCGUGGACGAGGGUCAACGGCUCAAGAGUGACAGCAGUCUGCUCUUCAAGAAGCUCAAGGAGCUCAAUACUAUCCAUCGCAUAAUUCUUACCGGAACACCAUUAAAUAACAACAUCCGAGAGUUGUUCAAUUUGAUGAACUUCCUAAAUCCGCUGGAGUGGAACAAUCUGGAGACACUCUCCAAGGAGCAUGAAGAGCUGACUGAAGAGAAGGUUCGGGAGCUGCACACACGACUGCGUCCGUACUUCCUGCGUCGCAUCAAAUCUGAAGUGCUUCAGCUGCCACCGAAGAACGAAGUCAUCGUGCCUGUUAGUAUGGCACCACUUCAGAAAGAGGUCUAUCGGUCCCUCCUCAGUCAGAACGUAGACGUACUGCGGAGCAUCGCACUCAACGUGGCCACUGGAGGAUCAAGAAUCAAUGCUGCAGUGAAGAAGUCCAACAUGAACAACAUCCUCAUGCAGCUUCGGAAGUGUUUACAGCAUCCUUAUCUUGUGUCGGCCGAUAUUGAGCCCCCCGGCCUUUCGUCGAAGGAGGUUCAUGAGAGGCUCAUCGGUGCAAGCGCAAAGCUCAUCAUGCUCAAGAUGAUGCUCCCGAAGCUCAAAGCUCGUGGGCACCGCGUUCUUCUUUUUAGUCAGUUCUCCAUUGCACUCAAUGUGGUCGAGGACUUCCUGGUCGGUGAAGGGAUCAAGUAUCUCCGCCUAGACGGCAGUACUAAACAGGCCGAACGCCAGAAGGAUAUGGACGAGUUCAACAAGCCAGACUCUGACAUAUUCAUCUAUAUUCUCAGUACACGUGCGGGCGGUGUGGGUAUCAACUUGACGACAGCAGACACUGUUAUCAUCUUUGACCCCGAUUUCAACCCGCACCAAGAUCUCCAGGCUAUUGCUCGUGCGCACAGAUACGGGCAACAGAAGACUUGCCUUGUCUUCAAAUUCAUGGUCAAAGACUCCGCUGAAGAGCGUAUCAUGCAGACCGGAAAGAAGAAGCUUGUCCUAGACCAUCUUAUUGUACAGAAAAUGGACGACAAAGACUCAGAAGAAGACGUUAAGUCUAUCCUGAUGUUCGGUGCACAGACGCUGUUUGAGGAUAGCGAGACUCAAUCAUCCCGGGACAUCCACUAUUCCGACCAUGACAUCCAGCAGCUGAUCGAGAAGACAGAGAAGGAAGGUGAACAGCAAGAGCCGGCUGCGGGAGAGAACGCGUCAUUUUCCUUUGCCAAGGUUUGGGAGGCAGAGAAGAAUGGCUUUCAAAAUUUGGAAGACGCUGCGGAAGAGCAGGCGCAGGAAGAUGCUUGGGCUCAGACUCUGGCUCGUAUCGUGGAGGAACAAGCCAAAGAACGGGCGCAAGAAGAGACAGGUCGUGGAGUGCGACGGCGUGCGGCAGCUGUGUUCCCGCAGCAAAUGCUUGAUUUACCGGAUACUCCGACCAAAGGGAAGGGCAAAGGCAAGAAGGGCAAAGGCAAGCAGAAGGCUACCAAGUCCGAUGACGACGACGCGUUCAAUCUGUCAGAAAUUGACGACUCAGACGGACUAAGUACUGCCUCUGGAGCAGCGUCUGACGAUCUCGACAUCAGCCUUGCCGAUCAGCUCGCCAAACAGAAGCAGAACAAGAAGAAGUCUCGUCAUACCGACCCAGUGCAAGGCAGUCAUGCUUCUUCGUCUGCGCCGUUAUCUCCCAUUCAUAACCGGCUUUCACUUGGAGAUGUCGAUCCCUCGUGCGGAUUGUGUGGCCUCGAACAUCAGAACGGACCCUGCUUCAUGACCGAGAGCUCAGAGAACCUGGCUGAGUACCGACGAAUCCUCAUGACUGUGGACAGCGGUGAGUCCAUAGAAGAUCGGCGUGCCGCCAUAGCGGUUAUAGAUGAGACAUUAGCGCAACGUGGGAAGAUGAAGCUCCUUAUUGGUCAACCUCUCCAUCCUGUCGAGGGGAGCCCAAAUAAUCCUCCUGCGCCUCGUCCUCCGCAGGCAUUCCGCACUGGUGCACAGCCUGCCCCGGCUAAUAGCACUGCAUUCAGGCCGGUGCCUAUACCACCGAAGCCUCGUCCGGUCGUCAACAGUGGCUCGAAUGUGCCCGGUAUGGCACUGAGCGGUAAGGCGAUUGCCAGCAAGCCGCCGCAGCCCCGUCCCGUCGUCGCUGGGUCAUCAAACAGCUCUACAGGAGCAGGUAGACGGCCGCCUUCUCCACAUGCCGCUGAGCCUCCCCGAAAGAAGGUCAAAGAGGGCUCAAGCUCAGGUUCAAACCCCACGUUUUGCGUGGUGUGUGGCACGGUCCCAAUGCAUGCUCUCCUCCAAUGCCCUGCGGUGCUCGAAGGGCCUGAAAGGAUCCAGAGGGAAAUCCGAAGGCUGCACAAGGACCCGUCAAGAUCAGGGACCGUUGAAGUUCUUCAAAAGAUUCUUCAGAAACAAAUGGCUAAUCGCAACCGUUCAUAAUGUUCGGAGAGAGUCUAUACUACGGCAAUGUCUUCGUUAUAUUCAUUACUAUCUAGUACUAUCAAGAGGAUUUAAAAUAAAAUAAAAUUGUCGC